AUGGAUGAAAUAAAGGAGAAAACUCGAGAAGAAAUUCUGAGUGAGAAAACCGAUAGAGAAAUAUUCAUUAUUGGGUGCAGAAUGGAGAAAAUGCAGGAAGAGUAUGAAAAUGCUGUAAGAAAUAAAAGAUGGGAGAAGAAACGAGAGUGUUAUGUCAACAAAGAUGGUGAACCUGUUAUCCGCAGGAGUGACAUAGUUCAUGAUGAUGUUCUUUUAGUAAUUCCUCUAUCCGGCGAGUAUUACUCAAGUGUUGAAAAAGACAAAACCUACAAGAGAAGGCUAGAUAAAAUCAUCAGAGAUGCUAUGACAUCAAGUCUGAGGAAGAGAGAUGAAGAAAGAAUGAAGAAAAAUGUUGAGUGUAUGGUGAACGAUUUGAAGAAAGUUGCUGAAAAGGUUAAAAUCGAAGUUGUUAAAGAAGAAGAUGUGAAGAUUUCUGAAGAUGUGAAAGAAACUGUUACUGAAGAACAGAAGGUUGAGAAAGCUGUUAACAAAGAACAACAGUUUGAUGAGAUGAAGAAGAAAGAAGAAAAAGAAGAAGUGAAGAUAGAGAGGUUGAAUGCUGAUGUUGGAGAUGAUGCUGGUGAUGAAAAGAAGAAAGAUGCUGAUCAGACUGAAACAGCAAAGAAUGCCGAGGUGCCAAAUCACUGA